AGACAAAUCAAUGUACACAAGACCCAAUUGGCCUGAAACACCUGAACCGGUGAAGUUGAGAGACGUAACCUUCUUAGAAUCAUCACAGAUAAUACCAAACCAGUUACAUGGAGUGGCUUCAGAUGCGUUAGUCUUCCAUGUCGAAGUUAAUUCUGGUGGUACUUUGUCCAAAUGCUUCCGAAGCGAGAGUAAAGUUAACCCAUCUGAAUUUAAACAAGAAACAGAAACUAUGCGGACCGAGACAAAGAGACAGAAUAGCAAAAGAAUUUGGAACAACCCAAGAUUCUCCAUCUGAGACUUGAAAAUCAAGAAAAAUGUACAAAUGGAGCUCGCAUGUUAUAA